AAGACAUUGAAGUAAUGGAGGAUUUGGAUAAUGGAAGACCACCGUGAACUAAAAAAAAAGACUGAGGCGGAUAUGUCGAAUGCAAACUUCCUCGAUUUCCAGUAUAACCUCUCGAAACGGAAGUUUUUGCGAAAACCAUCACAUGUAUUUUCCUUCCGAGACAGGCAAAACUCUGGCUUAUCUCCUUCUUUUGAGCCAAAUCCCGAUGAAAUGAAGAGAGUGUUUGAAAAAUUUGACUCCAACAAAGAUGGGAAGAUAUCUCAGCAGGACUACAAGGCCAUCUUGAGAGCACUAGGAAAGGGAAACAUGGUUGGAGAAGUCCGCAAGAUUUUUAGGGUUGCCGAUUUGGACGGGGAUGGGUUUAUUAAUUUCAAGGAGUUUAUGGAAGUACACAAGAAGGGAGGUGGGAUUCGAACAAUAGACAUUCAGAAUGCUUUUCGGACGUUUGAUUUGAACGGAGAUGGAAAAAUAAGUGCUGAAGAAGUCAUGGAAGUGCUGGAGAGGUUGGGGGAGAGUUGCAGCCUUGAAGACUGCCAGAGAAUGGUACGGGCAGUGGACACUGAUGGGGAUGGCGUUGUUGACAUAGAUGAGUUCAUGACCAUGAUGACUCGGUCCAUGAAACAUGCUUAGAGAAUUAGAGACCUAAUUUGUGUUUGCGUUUAUGUGUGUUUAUUGUUAAUCCAUGUGAAGCAAUUUACUGUAUAAGUUGCCAUAUGCAUGGCAAAUGGUAAUAGCAUAAUGUGGCAUGUGAGUGCUUUAUUGUACUUUA